AUGCUGGAAUUGCUGAAUCGGGUAGCGUUGAAGCUGCGGAAAAAUCGUACCGCGAUGGUGGACGAAGAGAAGGAGGAGAAAGAGGUACUUUGGAGUAAGAAGGUGCAGAGCCAAAAGGAAUACGUGCGUUUUGAGAGUUAUGAGAUGAGAGAGGGGGUUUGGGCUUUUAUAUUGGGUAUUGUAGAUUCUUGCCUGUGCCUUGUUGCAAUGUUGUGUCUGGUAGUGUUGCUUGUGUUUCUUCCCCCUCUCAGAGGGGAACCAAUGUGCGAGACCAUGUCAUGCGGUAAAAUCAAAAUUCAGUUUCCAUUUGGUUUGAAACAAACUCGAAUUCAAUCUGAAAGUUCUGGUCGGUGUAGCCAUCCGAGAUUCCAACUUUCCUGCGACAACCGGAACAGAACCAUUCUGAGCCUCGCAGGUUCGGGGGAUUUGGUGGUGAAAAGCAUAAACUACAGGGCCCAAACCGUUAAGGUGAACGACCCCGAAGGUUGUCUCCCGAGACGUUUUAUGCACAAUUUGAGCCUUUCCCUGCAUCCACCGUUUACGUUUGACGCAACUCUUUACGACCUAACUUUCCUUCGUUGUCCUUCCAACAUAACGCACUCCAUUCCAUUCCCACCAAUUUCAUGCCUCCAGACCAACUCCUCCUCGGUGACAUUCUCCUGGUGGCUUCUUAAUGACACAUCACCGUGGCGUGAUGAGUGUGAGGUGAUAUCGUCGGCUUUUGUUCCAAUUCCAAAUCCAGACAGUACGUCGUUUUUUACGCCCGAUCUCAACCAGGAUGUCGUGUUGAAGUGGAACGAGCCCGCGUGUGGGGAUUGUGCUGGUCGUGGCCAGGUAUGUGGGUAUAUCGGUGACACCAAAACUUUCCAAGUUGGAUGUUUCUUCCCUGCUCCUGACCAAAUCCAAGGUCUUUCAAGAAGCGCCAAAUAUGGCUUAACGAUCGGAGUGGGAAUACCUGGACUCCUAUGUUUAACUGGGCUUUGCUGCUUUAUAUGUAGUAAAUUCGAUGUGUACACACAUGGUCACCGGGCCAGGCCCAGCACGGAGCUUCCGAACUCAAUUGCAACCGUUCCACGCUCCUUGUUAAUAACGGGCCUUAAUGGGCCGGAAAUUGAAAAACUCCCCAAGACUCUUAUUGGUGACAGUGGGCGCAUACCGAAUUCGAACGAUAACACGUGUCCAAUAUGUCUCUCAGAAUACGAGCCCAAAGAGACUCUGAGAACCAUACCUACGUGCAACCAUUAUUUUCAUGCACACUGCAUAGACGAGUGGCUGAAGAUGAAUGCCACGUGUCCAUUAUGCAGAAAUCCACCGGAUUCUUCUUCUAACGUUACCCCUUAUUCUUACUCUUCAGCAUCAUCUAUCAAUUCACCUUUGCCAUAG